GCGGGAGCAGCGACGUCGGAGCGAGCUGCGGAGCGGCAGCGGCGGAAGAGGAGAGAGAGAGAGCGGGGAUGCUCCUCUGCCAGCAUGCUAUGACUGACCCUGCGGCCUGAAGGCGCCCUGGUUCCCUGUGGUGGCAGCAGCAGCAGCGACGCCUGGCGUGGAUGAAGGAUGAAGAGCCCGGUGCACAGAUGCAGGGAUGUGGAGCACGGGCGCGGGCAUUCCGGCUCUGGCGGCGGGGGCGGGACCCACGUGGGAACCAACUGCCUGGUGCCCGAGCAGCGCAUCCCCAUCUCCAAAGAUGUCAUCACCGCCUCGGCCGCCUCGGCCAUGUGGUUCAUCAAGGACGCCUGCGGCAUCGUGUGCGCCAUCAUCACCUGGCUGCUGGUGCUGUACGCCGAGUUCGUGGUGCUGUUCGUGAUGCUGCUGCCCUCCAAGAACCUGACCUACAGCAUCGUGAACGGGACGCUGUUCAACACGCUGGCCUUCCUCGCCCUCGCCUCACACCUCAGGGCCAUGUGCACUGACCCUGGGGCCGUGCCAAAAGGGAACGCCACCAAGGAAUACAUAGAAAGCCUUCAGCUGAAACCAGGCCAGGUGGUCUACAAAUGUCCCAAGUGCUGCAGCAUCAAGCCGGACCGGGCGCACCACUGCAGUGUUUGCAAACGCUGCAUCAGGAAGAUGGAUCACCACUGUCCCUGGGUCAACAACUGUGUCGGGGAGAACAACCAAAAGUACUUUGUGCUUUUCACAAUGUACAUUGCACUCAUCUCCCUGCACUCGCUGGCCAUGGUGGUCUUCCACUUCCUCUACUGCUUUGAAGACGAUUGGACAAAGUGCAGCUCCUUCUCUCCUCCGGCGACGGUCAUCCUCCUCAUCCUCCUGUGCUUUGAGGGCCUCCUCUUCCUCAUCUUCACCUCUGUGAUGUUCGGCACCCAGGUCCACUCCAUCUGUACGGACGAGACCGGCAUAGAGCAGUUGAAAAAGGAAGAGAGAAGAUGGGCUAAAAAAACUAAGUGGAUGAACAUGCGGGCGGUGUUCGGACACCCGUUCUCCUUAUUGUGGUUUAGCCCCUUCUCCACUCCUGACCACGGGAAGGCCGAGACGUACCAGUACGUGGUCUGAGGAGGAGACGAGCAGCGUUUCUUCCACGUUAGCCAUGGACAGCUUUCUAUCAUGUGCUUUGUGUGUGUGUGUGUGUGUGUGAGAGUGUGUGUGUGUGUGUGUGUGUGUGUGUGUGUGGCCAACUAAAGUGCGCUCUCCGUUUAUUUUUCUGUCGCCUGGAGUGAGUCGAGUUGCAGAGAAAAAGAAAGACUUUCGGGUGUGUGAGUCCUGUUCGCCAACACUGUGAAGAUCUCUGUCUGCCGCGUCAGAAGCCUUUUCUCCUGCUUCCUCCUGGUUCCUCCCUGAAGCCGGGGCGUCACACACGAGGGUUCAGAGGUCGCGUGCAGCCCCGCCCGCCUCUUGAGGCGUAUGGGGGAUGAAAAUGACUCCAGUCUCAACAUAAAUCCAACUUCAAAGAGAAGCUGAUGCUGCACCGACGGGCAGCUCGGUCUUCAAAUCUGAUCCUAACUCGAUGCUUUCCUUGGAAUUUUUCCCCUUUUGUUUAUUGGGCCGGAUUGGAGCCUCUCGCCGGCCAGUUUUGACCCUCGAACCUCAUGUCUGACACCCCCGCCGUAAAGGGUCAGUUCACAUAAAAGUGCCAGAGGCUGCGGGAAGCUGCGCUGUGAGCCGACCCUUUCCGUCUCCUCUCUGACUGAUCGCCUUUGUUUUGGACACAUGGACGAACUGAACCUCUGAAAUGGAUUGUGUGGAGGGAAUGUCUGCCGGCACGUCCAUGCUCAGGUCCACCCGUUUUACAAACAAACAAAAAAAGGUGCCAAAUUCCUUGUGUCAGACCUGUGCUGUAUAGGAUGGAGUUUGAGUUUGGAUAACUGAGACGUUCAGUCUCCCAAGAAGCAAAGCAAGUCAACAGAACAAGAGAAUCUGACCGUUGAACUGUUCACUGAUCAGGAUUCUUCUUCUGCGCUCACUUCCUCGUGCAGGUUGAAUCCGUUUUAGCCUCUUAUUGUUGUUAUGAUCGGACUCUUUGACAAUCAGACCUGGAAAGCUGUCCACUGCUUCCAUGUGGAGGCGUCUGGUUGUGCCCGCCAGAGUCUGGCCUCGCUGUGAUCAAACAUGGCUGAAAACUGGUUUAUUUACUGUCAGGGCCGCACAGUGCAUCUCAAUCAUGGAAAUUCUACAAGACACAGAUGACCGAUUGAUCACCUAUAUCUUUCUAAGUUUACAGUUAAUUAACAAACUGUGUGAUAAAUAAUUUAAUAGGUUUAAAUUGAACUGGGCAGAAAUCAGAAGUACAAAAAUCAACAAAAACUGACCAAAAGCAUCAGUUUAUCUCAGUGAUACAGCUGUUCAGUAACACAUCGUUGAUUAAUGUUUUGUCCUCUACACUCACCCAACAGCAGAAUGAGCUGAAAUGCUCUAAAACCUUAACAUCAAUGUGGCUAACCUGCUAGCAUUAGCAUCUUUAGCUUCAGACUCGGCUGUGGGACCAAGACAGAGAAAUCCUGAUCGACUCAAAGUUUCCGUUUCAUGUUAAAAUGUUUUGUUUGGUUUGUUUCUUGGGGGAUUUUUUUUGUUUCUCUUUUUGCUCUGUUGUGUUGAAAUAUCCUGAAAACACUGUUCACAAGCUGAUUUCACCGUGGGGGAGGCGUGGCGGGGAACCUCAUUCUGUGGAGCUGCAUGUUCUCACUGUGGACUGAUGGAGUAGCUGAUGAACUGUGUUUGGAUAGAACGACUCAACAGACCGAUCGUGUUCUUGAUUCUGCUCCCAUGUUUCCCCGCGGAGCCGAUUCCUCUCUGAUACAUGCUGGACCCUAACGCUGUUCUAAGGAAACUUCUGUGGACCAGAAGUACCGUAUUCUCUGGACUACGAGUCAGACUUUUCAACACUACGGGCAUAAUGUAGCGGUUCAUCCAGCUGAGUCCCAGAACCCUCCUGCAGGCCAGACUUCUAGUCCAGGAAAUGCGGUAAUUCAAAGCGUCCGAGCUGAGAUGCACACAGGUGAACUGGCACUUUGUCUUCAUUUUAUUCUUCUUCUUGUGUUUACAUGAUUCCUCUGUGUGUUUUUUUAUUUUUCUGAAUGCAUGACUCAGACUGAAGCUGGUGUUUGUGAAACACGUGAUGGUGGAGACCAUUUCUUUUAUCUUUUUUUUUUGUUUGUUUUUUUUUACAGAGUUAUUUCUAAAUCUUCCGAAGAUAUUUCAGCACAUGCACAGAGAAUAAAACAAACAAAACAAAAAAAAAAACUAAAUCUUCUCAGCUGCAAUGCAGAAACUGUCUUUGCCUGCUCUUUCUGGGGGUGCGGGGCGACCUUUGACCCCUCUGUUGUGUCUGGAUGUGUGUGAUUUGCGCUGCUGGUCCAGGAGGUGUGUUUCCCUGCACUCGGCCUGUACUCCCCCCCUCCUCUUUUCCCCUCCGCCCCCCCCCCCCCCCCCCCCCCCCACUGCAGCGCCCCUCAUUACCCCCCCCCCCCCCCCCCCCCCCCCCCCCCGUUUGUCACUGUGGUUAAGCGGAGAGCUCUGCGGAGCGUGGGGUCGGAGGUAAGCCCGCUGCAGAGGUCCCGUCGGCCGUCCCAUCAAGCUUUAACCCGUCUGCACAUCAGCCAAACCCGCUGAAUGCACGCUUUGAUUUCUGCUUUUCUUCUGCAUGGAAGUCGUUUAUUUAUUUGUGUAUUUAUAUUUUAUUGGCCGUCGUUGCUAAAAUGGCUAAAACCAGCUACAUUUUAAACUUAUUAAACUGCAGUUUUGUUAAAUGUGGUAAACGUGUGUUGGUGGAGUUCACCUGGUUGAGUCCAGGAAGCGAAGCGCUCGGUGUCGCCGCUCAUCCAUCCCCUCGGUGUCGUGGUGCAUGCCGUCGCCGGCGGUCUGGAGGCGCGGCGGUGCCGAGGGUCUGACCGCUGUGUCGU